AUGGGGAACGAAGUGGCGUCUCACCACGGCGCGCCUGCGUCGCCUUCUCAUGCCUUCAAGGCCCGCGACCGAAGCGGCGAUGGCACCAACGACCGUCAGAGACACCCUGAGGGCGACUUCUCCCCUGAGGCGAAAACUCUCGGCGGAUUCCGGCAGCUCCUCGCCAGAAGAAACCCGCCUUCCUGUGCGGCGCGUCCUUCUUCGCUCUGUGCGGAGCUUCCGGCAGCUGCGGCGGUCCUCAACGGCCAGUAUCCGUUUCUUCUCUUUGCGUCUGCCGAGCACCUCAUCCCGCUGGAGGCUGCAGUUGCAUCUUCGUCUCUCCCGUCUGUUUCUUCCGACUCCUCGUGUGCUUCCUCGCCGUCGGUCUCUGUGGCGGCGCGGGAGAGGCGAGAGAACGAGGAGAAUCCUCUUUUGUCUCUGCUGUCGUUCGACGAAACUUCCGCGUUUCCUCGCUCGGGAGCCGCUCUCGACGUCUCCACCUACGACGUGGCGCUGCUGCGCGACGCGGUCACGCCCGCGACAGACGGUCGCCGAGGCCGCGAACGAGGAGACAGUCUCCUCGCCUGGCCGCCGCAGUUCCCCGCCUUCCUUCCUCCCGGUCGCGCAAUCGACACAAACCAAAUCUUCGUCGCCUACGGCGUUAAGGGCGGCGUCAGGGUCAUGCCCAUCGUCGGCAGCGCAGAAGGCGGCGUAGAGGAAACCUACAAGGCUCCGCUCUACGUGCCGCCGUCUGCAAAUGCGAACGCGUCGAAGCCGUCAGCUGUUUCCGUCGCGCUGUAUCAAGGGACGAAGCCGCAGUUUCUGCUGGUUGCCGAUUCGAACAACCUCGUUUCGAUCUUCAAGCUCGCCCCGCCAGUCUCUUCCCAGAAGGCAGGGUGCUCUGGCGGCGCCUCGGCGUUCCUGCUGCUUCAGCUUCCGAACCCCCAGCCGCUCGCGCCGCUCUCUCCUCGCCACCACCCGCUGUCGUCUUCGACCUUCGUGGCGUGGAUUCCGCCGCAUGCUGGGGGCCCUCAGGACGGAGCACAGGCCGGCCGCGAGCAGAGCUACGGCCUUUCUCUGUCGCAUGCGGGAGAUGUCUACUUCGUCACUGUCCAGAGACACCAAGUCGUUCUCUGGAGUCUUCCCGUGCUCAGAAGCUACUGCAUUUCGAAGAACAUCAAUUUCGCGGAGCAGCCUCUCCAGGUCGAUGAUGCGGUGGUGAGCUGCUGCGCAUGCGUCCUUCCUCUACGGGAUGCCUUGGCGUCUGCGGCGAGUUUGGAGAAGCUGAGUCGCGAGACGUCUCGGUCGCGUCUCGGCGCGGGCUUGGCGCCCUUCCUCAAUCUCGCUUCAACGCCUCCCGAGAGCUCGCUCUUCUCUCUCCCGCCGUCGACUUCGUCCUUCUCCUUUGCCUCCUCGCCCUUUGCGCUUCGACAGCCCGCGCGGCAACAGUCUGGCCUGUUCGCCAGCGACGAAAAACACUUUGCAGGCGCAGAGACUCUUUCCGUCAACGCCGUCUCCUUCUGCCCCGCUUCCCGGUCGAUCCUCGUCGCCUUCAAUGAAAGAUGCGUCGCUGCCUGGCACAUCGAGCCGUCGCACAACAAAGUCCCGCGGGUUUCGUUGAUCGGUGCCCAGUUUGUUCCGCCUACCCCGAUCCCUCCAGCGAUGAACGAAGUGGCUGCUUCGAUCUUGGGACGACCUCUGCCGGACGUCCCGGAAGAGGAUUGCUCCGUCUCUCUUUCGUCCUCGGCGACUGACCCGGCCCCUUCGCUCUUCACGGCUGCAGGCGAGAAGAAGGCGUUUAACCCCUUCGACGAGUUCCUUGUCCAGGCUGCGUCCUCCGCGUCUUCCGCCGAGGGCCGAAGCGUCGUCGAAGAAAAGAAAGAAGCGAAAGGAGGCGAGCAGGAGGGUGACAGUCACGCCCGAGAGCUCCUGUCGGCUCUCACGUGCAUCACGUCCAUCAAUGUGCUGUAUGCGACGGUCUACCGGAGCGAAGAGGAGAGCAAAAGGGGACAGGAGACACUCGCCACGGGAGCGACCGCGGAGACAGCCCUGAGUGCGGAGUCGUCGGACGCGGGUCGGCGGGUGGCCUUCCUCCUGGUCGGCACAGCCAACAAUUCGUGUCUCCGCGUUUUCCCGCUCUUUCUCUCCCGCGAGGACCUGAGCUCAAAUCCGUUCUUCCCGUCUGCGCGGCCGCUCCCCCUCCUCUUCGGCUCAGCUGUACAGACACUGGUCCUCGACGCCGCCGCCCCACUCCGGGGUGUACGUACACCCCGUUCCAGGACGGCCGCGACGGUGAGCGCGGGGGAGUCUCCGGAACAGACGCACGCUGAGAAGGCAGAGUCGGCGCUGCCCACGAAGGCCGAUGACGGCUUUGUGCCUCCGCCCGCAAAAUGCGCGUCGGAAUUGCCUUGGGCGUUCGUUCGCGUCGACGCCGCCAGGCACGCCGUCCUCUGGAGUUUGGCAGGGUGUGGAGCCCCGGAGAGCAUGACAGUCGAUGACCCGGAGACAGGAGACAGCCCGGCGAAUCUUCAGAAGGCGCGCGAGAGACAGUCGGGCCGAAGCCGGCGCGGCGCGAGUACCGAUCGUGGGGUGUCGCCAGACGGUGACGGGGACGCGCCUGCGAAGCAAGACAGAGACGCUGGAAUCAGCAAAGACUCGUUCAUCUUCGUCUUGGAGGUGAACCAGCGCAUGGUGCACUGUGGGGAAGAGAAGCAACAGAGCGAGACAGAGAACGCGUCAGAGAGCGAGGCUGGCGAGAGAGAAGCGAAGACGGCGCGUCUCCUGCGCCGAGCUUCGCACCUGCCUCUGCCUUCGCUGCUGGUCCUCCCGUCCCAGUUUCCUGUGAAGAACGUCUCUUCGGUCUUCUCUCUCUCCGGUGCGGGGGCUCUCGCGACUCAGCGCCCGAGCCUGGCCGGAGGCCCUGACGCCCCGUCACCCUCUCUCUCGUUUGCGGAGUUCGAGGCCGAGGCCAUCGGCGCCGGCGAAGUGGCGAUCUACAGCUUCUUCGUGAAGCAGGCAGACAAGGCGCGCCGCGAGGCGGGCGAGGCAGGCCGCGAAGGCAGAUACGACCUCGUUCAAGGCCACUCGCACCGCACGCUUCAGCAGCUGUUCAGACAACCGAGCAUCCAGUGGAUGCCGCUCGACGCUUUCUCUUCGGGGGACGGCGCGGCUGCAGAGCCGUCGGAGCGUGAGGGUGUUCGACACAGCGACGUGAACAAGACCGAGGAGGCGGACUCCGCAGGUGCGGAAGAAGAGACGCGCAGCGCGACAGCGCCCUGUGGUGAGCAGAGCUCGGCGGAGGACGGCGCGGGGGGGGCGGGGUCGCGAGAAGAGAAAGAGACAAAGGCCGACGACCGCGCGAGGCCUGUCUCCUCGCCGCCGUUCCCGGCGGCUGGGGUCUCUGGACUCGGCGCCGCUCCCCUCUCGAAGGAGGCUGCGUCGCGGGAGAUCCUGAUGAGGCUGCUGGGGAAGACCUCGCUCCCGAACCUUCCUGCCUCGUCCGUGUCUUCGUCGCUCGCGCCGCCGCCUCUCUCUCUUGCAGCCUCCGCCGCCCCUGUCGCCGCCAACGCCACUGGGCGACGGGAAGGGGACCCGACCGAGGAGACACACGCGGAAGGAAACGAACAGUCGCGCGGAGGACAGGACCACGCGGGCAUGCCUCUCGGCACUGUCUCCGCGACGUCGCGUGAAGAUGAUUCCGACCCGAGGCUCGCCGACGCCGGCGAGGAGGCGAAGGAGACAGAGCGGGGGACGGAGAAAGAGAUGGAGAUGGAGAAGGAGAGAGAAGGAAGCAAGGGCCAAGAUGGGGGGCGAAAAGGUCCCAAGGGGAGUGAUUUGCCUGGACUUGGAGAGGGUGCCGGGAGGAAGAAGAAGAGGACGGGCGGGUCGCAUGCGUCUCCCGUUCUUUCUGCCGCCCAGCCUCCGAGAGAGACAGAAGAGAAAGGAGACGCUUUCGAGCAAGGCCGAGGUCGCGGCAACGCGGGUCCGAAGAGCGCGGCGGCAUCGAAAGCAAAGGGAGAAGAGAGAGGCGACAGGAGCGCCGCUGUCGGCUCGCUGCAGAGCGACCUUGGCGAGAAAUGCGCGUCGAGCAGAGAACGCAUCGAGACACCUGGAAGCGAGAACGUCAGGGACACCACUCAGCCUUCUGUUGCAUCUGAGGCUUCCAUUCGCGAGCUAAUAACCCUCCUCAAGGCCAGCAGAGAAACCAGCCAGCUGCGGUGUGCAGACACCGCUUCUUCGACGCAUGGGUCCGCGAGGAAUCCCGAACACACAGGCAAAGACGAUGGCGAGGCGUUCGAAAGGGCGAUCGACGGCUCUCUCCGGCGCUGUUUCGACGCGGUGCACGAGAGGCUUCUCACUUCGCUUGCGCCCGAGCUGGCCGCGCAGGUCGCGGCUUCACUCCUCGCCUCGGGUGCGACGCCCGCUGCCUCGACGCCGAGCCCCCACCUGCAGAAGGCGAGCGAGGAGCGGGGGAAGCAGAAGGCGAGCGAGGAGCGGGGGAAGCAGAAGGAGAGCGAGGAGCGGGGGAAGCAGAAGGAGAUGCUCAAGGCCGUGCUGGCGCCUGUCGUCGCGGCGGAGCUAGGCACCCUCUUUUCUGAGCACGUGGUCCCCGGCCUCAAAGAGGCGGUUCGUGCGGGCUUGGCAGACGUGAAGGCCGUCGUGGCAACGAAACUGGCGGAGGUUCGGCGUCAGUCUGCCGCGGAAAUCGCCGCGCUCGACCGCAACGUCCAGCAAGUGCAGGCGAGUCUCCAGCAGAAUUUCCAGCGCGUGCAGAAGCAGCUCGAGAGCCAGGCGCCGCUCCAGAGACAAAACAGCGUCAGUGCCCAGAGUGUGGACUCCAUGCGGCAGAACUUGGCCGCGCUCGAGGCGGGGCUCAAAGUGCACUCCGAGGCUGUGAUGAAGGCGGUCGAGGGCGUCUCGCAAACGCUGGCUGCCAUGCAGCGACAGCAGGGGCAGUACCAGACGCAAGUGGCGCAGCAGUUUCAGCAACAGCAGCGAGAGCUGCAGGCCCAGAAGCAAAAGGUUGACCAAGUGGUCCAGUCUUUCAGACAGCUGCGACAGGACUUCCGCGCGGAUUUGACCAAGACGGAACAAACGCUGAAGGAGCGCUCGGAGACGCUCGCGGCCUCUGCUGCAGCUGCUGCGGUCUCUGCUGCUUUGGGCUCCAGUCCCCAUACUCCCGGCGCCGCGACCGCGUUGGCCUCCACGACCGCGGUCGGGGCAUCGGCUGGGGCGGGGCCCGGCGGCAGCCGAAGCGAGGCGGGAGGCGGGGACGCUGGAGGCGCAGGGGAGAAGGGCGAGACCGGCAGGCUCCCACGAAGAGAAGAAAGCGAAGAAGAGAAGCUGAAGAAGAGGCUGGUCCACUGUCUUCAAACGCAAAACUUCGAGGAGGCGUUCUCGUUGUCCAUCGCCGCAGAUCUGCAGCAGUCCACCGGAGGGUCGUGGCUGCUGUCCAUCUGCUCCUACUUCUCGCCCGCUCAGUUCUUCGAGCGCGAACCGCUGCCAGUGGGGCAACCUGCCUUGCUGGGGACAGUGAAGAUCCUGUCGGAGGGACUGAAGGCAGAUCUUCGCGAGAGGAAGCUGGCAGCCGUGGAACAGCGCGUGGCGUGGAUUUCCGAGGCUCUCUUCCAAAUCGACGGCCCGAUGCCGCAGAUUGGGCGCUCUGAUUUCCUGGACCUUGUGGACGAGUUCCGAACGAACCUCACAUGGGCUCAGCAGCAUGUCAAGAAGGAAGGCGAGCGAGAUUGUUUCCCGCAACCGAUCGAGGAAGGCCUUGCGCUCUCCCUCAAGCAACUGAAGAGACUGCAGCGAACGGCCGAAACCACGCGCGCAUCUUGA